UACUACAUACAGCUCCGCCGCCCUUCUCUUCCCCCUUCCUCUCGCAUCCCACCUAUUUCCACCGCCACCACCACCACCGCGCCACCGCCGGCCGCCUCCAGGGACAGCGAGCGAGAGGGGAGGGAGGGGCCUCGCCGGAGAAGAUGGUGGACGUGUCGCGCGUGCAGAAGGAGCUGACGGAGUGCAACCGGGACUCGGACAUCUCCGGCGUCUCCAUCGCGCUCCACGACGGCGGCUCCAGCAUCACCCACCUCACCGGCACCAUCGCCGGGCCCCGCGACAGCCCCUACGAGGGCGGCACCUUCCGCAUCGACAUCCGCCUGCCAGGUGGCUACCCCUUUGAGCCUCCUAAGAUGCAGUUCAUCACCAAAGUAUGGCACCCGAAUAUUAGCAGCCAAAAUGGAGCAAUUUGCUUGGACAUACUGAAAGAUCAGUGGAGCCCAGCCCUUACCUUGAAGACAGCAUUGCUAUCCCUUCAAGCUCUUCUUUCUGCUCCUGCCCCUGAUGAUCCUCAGGAUGCUGUUGUUGCACAACAGUAUCUGCGUGACAAGGCCACAUUUGUCAGUACUGCUCGCUAUUGGACCGAGGCAUUUGCAAAGAGUGACUCCACCGGCAUGGAAGAAAAGGUGCAGAAGCUGGUCGAGAUGGGCUUCCCCGAGGAUAUGGUGAGAAGCGCCCUGAUGAGUGUGAACGGCGACGAGAACAUGGCUCUCGAGAAGCUCUGCUCUGGCUGAAGGCCCUAUGUGGCCUAUAAGAAGUGUAAAUUGCUUGCCCAUUCAUUACGGAACAACGAUCCUAGCUAAUGCUCCUGUUAUGCCAUUCCGGUUUGGCCUAUAGGAGCGAUAUAUAUAUAUAUAUAGUGGACUGAACCAUGGGACUGAACUGAAGAGUGCCUAUCAUAACUAGACAGAUUGUCUACCUUAUCUUCUCA